UUCACUAGCUCUUGGAUGCAAUCUCAUGUGGAGGACGCAGAGAUGUACUUGGGAAUGCCGGUUCUGUUCACAGAGUUUGGUGUGUCCGCACAUGACCCUGGUUUCAACACAUCUUUCCGUGACAUGAUGUUGAAUACGGUGUACAAGAUGACCCUCAACUCAACAAGGAAAGGAGGGGCUGGUGCUGGAAGUCUAGUGUGGCAGGUCUUCCCUCAGGGAGCAGAGUUCAUGGAUGACGGCUACGCAGUUUACCUCACAAGAGCGCACACCGCUUCAAAGAUCAUAUCUCUGCAGUCGAAGCGACUCGCCAUCUUUAACUCCUUGUGUAGCUGGAGAUGCAAGUGGGGAUGCAAGAAAAAGAAUCACACUGCUCUAGAUGCCCUC